GUCGCUCACACCCUGCGCUGCCCAGACCCGACUGGAACCUUCCUGCGCGGCCCGGCAGUGCCUGGACCCGAGAGGUACCAAGAUGUGGGGUGCAGGCAGCCCCCUGGCGUGGCUCUCCGCUGGCCCAGGCAACGUGAACGUGAGCAGCAUGGGAUUAGCAGAGGGGCCCACAGGCCCAGCCGCACCGUUGCCCUCACCCAGGGCGUGGGAUGUGGUGCUGUGCAUCUCGGGCACCCUGGUGUCCUGCGAGAACGCGCUGGUGGUGGCCAUCAUCGUGGGCACUCCCGCCUUCCGUGCCCCCAUGUUCCUGCUCGUGGGCAGCCUCGCCAUUGCCGACCUGCUGGCAGGCCUGGGACUGGUCCUGCACUUUGCUGCUGUCUUCUGCAUUGGCUCAGCUGAGAUGAGCCUGGUGCUGGUUGGCGUCCUGGCAAUGGCCUUUACCGCCAGCAUUGGCAGCCUACUGGCCAUCACUGUAGAUCGCUACCUUUCUCUGUACAAUGCCCUCACCUACUACUCAGAGACAACAAUGACUCGGACCUAUGUGAUGCUGGCCCUAGUGUGGGGGGGUGCGCUGGGCAUGGGGCUGCUGCCUGUGCUGGCUUGGAACUGCUUGGAUACCCCAACCGUGUGCGGCGUGGUAUAUCCGCUCUCCAAGAACCAUCUGGUGGUCCUGGCCGUUGCCUUCUUCAUGGUGUUUGGCAUCAUGCUGCAGCUCUAUGCCCAGAUCUGUCGCAUCGUCUGCCGCCAUGCCCAGCAGAUUGCCCUUCAGCGGCACCUGCUGCCUGCCUCCCACUAUGUGGCCACCCGCAAGGGCAUUGCCACACUGGCCGUGGUGCUUGGCACCUUUGCCGCCUGCUGGCUGCCCUUCACCGUCUACUGCCUGCUGGGCGAUGCCCACUCCCCAUCUCUCUACACCUAUCUCACCCUGCUCCCUGCCACCUAUAACUCCAUGAUCAACCCCAUCAUCUAUGCCUUCCGCAACCAGGAUGUGCAGAAGGUACUGUGGGCCAUCUGCUGCUGCUGUUCCUCUUCCAAGAUUCCCUUCCGGUCCCGUUCCCCCAGCGAUGUCUAGUCGCAUACUGGUGACCCUUCACCCUGAUCACUACAGAAUUCCGGAAUGUGAGGUCCUCCAGGGUUUUGUUCCAACCCCCAGCUCCACACCCCCGAGACCCAGCUAGUUCUGGAGUUCUAGGACACGGGGUGUUUCACAGGAUUCUGUUCAGAUCUCUGCAGGGCCCAGCUGGCUCCAUGGUUCUAGAAUGUUCAGAUGGUCAGGGUUCCACUCAGAAAAGUCCACAGCCCAGUUGGCUUGGAGUUCCAGGAUGCUGCUGGGUGCUGUACAGUGCCAUUUCAGUCCCUGGGCUCCCCCCUCCCUUGACCUUGAUCAUGUCACUUUACUUUUGAGUUUCUGAGCUAGAGUCAGAGAUUUAGCCACUCAGUUGCCUAGCUAGGAGAAAGAGAAAAAGACUUAUCUAUAUAUAUAUAUGUGUGCACAUACAAAGAGAAUAGCUAGUAUUUAUUUAUUUAUGAAUUUAUUUAUGGGUAUAAGGGGGGAAAAGAGACCAACACCUUGAAAUCCAGGCCAUACCAGGGUACUCCCGGUCCCCACACCCCCAUUUCUGACCUCAGUUCCUAGAGGGGGGGGAAGGGAGAAAGAGAAACCACGUAUUUUGUUAUUAUUUUCGCUUAUUUUUUAUUGAAGAGAUCAUAUAAACCAGAACCUUCUCCCCAGGCCCACCCCUCUGGGGUUUGUGAGGGGAACACACCAGCCUCUGGUUUUUUAUUUUUUUAAGAAGCCAUCACCUGAGCAACCGAGAAUUCCUCUGCGCUGGGGGCCUGCUGCCCUCUGGUGGCGGUUUGGGGAAAACCAGCCUGGCCAAGCAGCCAGGAUAAAACGUGGCAACCCCAACUCCACUCUAGUCUGGUGUCCAGCGCCACAGCCGAGGCCUGGCAGCCAGGCCUCACUUUGAGGUGCCCUAGAGGAGGCAGGAUGCGAGCCAACACCUGACCCUCUCUGCCAAUCUGGGUAUGGCCCCCAGAGCAUUCCCUAGUCCUGUCCCUGACCCAACCCUCAAUAAAAACUGAUUUUGUAAUAAA